GCUUUUUUGAUAUCGGGGAUGGCGUGAAGAAGAAGGCCCUGGACCCGGCCGCUUUCUACACCCAGAAAUCUUGGGUGUAGACUGCAGCGUCAGCACUUUUGCUAAAUGUCGACAGUUCUUUAUAUGGAUAUGUGACAUCCAUAUAUGGAGUAAAACUAAGAAUUUAAAAUUAUUUCAAAAAGUGAACGGCGAGUUAAAGUGUUAAAAGGGUUCCGUUUUUCAAAAUGGACAAGAUAUUGCAAUUAUUUUGUAGAUUGCAACAAACUUUUUUAAUUAAUAACAUAAAUAAUAUUAUCUUAAAGCCACAGCAAGUUAAAUGUUUCGAGCAUCUUUUAAAUGGAUAUGAUGUUAUUGGUGUUUUACCUACUGGAUUUGGGAAAUCCUUGUUGUUUCAUUUGUUGGCAGACUUUUUGCCAAGAAAGAGUGUCCAAAAUAUAGUAUUGGUGGUGUGCCCUCUUAAUUCUAUCAUAGAGGACCAGUUGAAAGUUUUAGAAGUGAGAGGUAUUGGUGCUGGGGUGCUUCAUUUGGAGCAAACAGUUGUGCCUGAAAAAUUGUUUUCGUGUGGUGAGAAUGGUGAGCCUGAAAUACCAAUUUCAAUUAAAAAUGGCGAAUUAAAACUAGUAUUUGCUCACCCAGAAUCUCUGCUUAGUGUCAGAGGACGAGAAUUGCUAAAAAGUUCUGUUUACCAAGAAAAUGUUGUCAGUUGUGUUAUAGAUGAAGCACAUUGUGUAAGCAUGUGGGGUGAGGAUUUCCGAAAAAUUUUUAGCGAGUUGUCUACGUUAAAGGCACUUUUCCCAGAUGCUGUUACAUUGGCUCUAACCGCUACUGCUACACCAGACACUGUAGAAUAUUUGAUUAAAUCGCUCGCCCUUAUUACGUAUAAAGUCAUUGCUGUAUCGCCAAAUCGAAAAAAUGUGUAUUUAAACAUACAAAGACGCCCAAACUCUAACUUGGGUUUGAAAGGAUUUGAAGUUAUUCUCAAACCGUUGGCUAAAAAAUUAAACGUGCAAAGAGAACACUAUCCCAUGACAAUAAUUUACAUGCAUUUAAGAUAUUGUGGGUAUGGGUACAAAUUAUUUGAAAAUGUUAUAAGAAAUCAUUAUGUUGGUGACAAUAUUUGUCCUAGAGCAAGAUUGUUUGCACAGUUUCAUGCUUCUUGUACUACACAAAUGAAAGAGGAUAUAUUGAAGGAGUUAAAGAAGUCAGAUUCACGAAUUAGAGUAGUAUUUGCUACAACUGCUCUAGGUAUGGGUGUUGAUGCUCCAAAUAUAUCUAAUAUUAUUCACAUAAGUCCUCCAUCAACAUUAGAGUCAUUUGUGCAAGAAAUUGGAAGAGGAGGAAGAAAUGGUGUAGCUUGUGAUUCACUUUUAUAUGUCAACAAUUCUGAUUUGGCAUCUAAGUAUAUAAGUGAUUCAAUGAAAAAAUACUGUGUAUGGGAUAGAUGUCUCAGAGUAUUUUUGCUAAACUAUUUUGGAUUUAAGAGUAAAACUCAGAUUAACUGUUGCAAGAACUGUAAUGUUGGUGCUGAUUCUGCAAUUGAUAUCAAAUUAAACGCACUUGACGACAAUAAGAAGAUAGCACGCAACAUAGUUGGGGCUGAUAUGGAGAUGCUUAAAGUAGAAUUGUUAAAAACGGUUGAAGAUAUCAAUUCUGAUGAAAACGUGAUGUUUCCUUUCCACAGUAAAAUUAACACUAACAUUGUAAAUGAAAUCCUGAGAGAAUUAGCAUUUAUUUCUUGUGAAUCAGACUUACUUUCUAUGUUUGGUAUUUGGAAUGAAAGGUGUUCUAAGGAAUUAUAUGCUUUAAUAGACAAAUAUGCACCUAAAAUAGUUUAGUAAAAACAUAAUAUAUAUAUACCAUUGCAUGACAAAGUUGGUGAAAUCUGCAAUUUCAUCCACAAAAAAAAUUCAAUCAGCCAAAAUGCCAAAUUUUGUCAGCUUAUGGGUAUAUAUAUAUAUAUGUUAAACAAAGGAAAUUAGUUGUUUGUGCUUUUCUACC